AUGGCCUCGUUCGCGCCUGCCCGUCGUCUGCCACGGUCCACCAUCCUUGCGAAUUUCACAAGGCCCCUACGUGUAGCCGCAGAGAGUGCUGCUUUCAGCCUUUGCUUUGGCCACUACAUAGUAGGGGGAUGGUUAUCAUUCAGGCACCAGCAGCGUGAACGAGGUCCUUGCAAAGUCAGAUCUAGGGUUGCCAUCUUCGACACCUCUGCCUGGCUGCAACACCUCAUCGGCUUCUUCUACCACCAGGCUUCUUCCACUUCGUUCCAAGCCAUCAAUGGGCCGAGCGCAAUCAAUGUCCUAUGUGUAUCUAUCCGAUACCAGGAGCACCAAGUGACAAUACUCCGAGUGUUCUCUCUCAACUCGCGCAAUCAAGCUUACCAACUGAGCAUUCACAUCAACGUCAAAACCGCUGGCUCAUCUUACAAGCAGCACUACCUGCAACCGUCACGGAAAUUCUGUUUGCACAUGCGCUUGCCCCAAUCUAAGCUGAACACAUAUCCCAACCGGCGCGCCAGUCUAACGCAGACGAUAUCGUAUGCCUUCGCAGUGCAGCUCGACAAAGCAUCAUCCUCCUGCAUGAGCGUGCCAUAUAUUUUCCGAGCGGUGACCGUUUUGAAGAAGCGUGGCAAAUUUCCCACGAACCAACAAACGCUUUUCACGCAGGGUUCAGAAGCAGAGCGUACUUGA